AUGAUUAUUAGUAGAGCAAACAAAACUGUAAACUAACUUAUAUUUAAAUAAGCAAGGUCUCUCAGCUUUGAAAAGACAAAGCACUUUAAAAUAGGAGAAAUACCUGAGAGCUUAAAAUAUGACAGACCAUAUAAGGAAACUAUUUUGGACAAUGGUAUUAAAGUGUGUAGUGAAAUAUGGCCAUCUCCUUUAUGCACAGUUGCUGCUUUUAUUAAAUGUGGUAGCAGAAGUGAGUCAGAAGAGACUUCAGGUACUGCUCACUUUUUGGAACAUCUUCAUUUCAAAGGAACUAAAAAGAGAAGUAGAUAAUCAUUAGAAUUAGAAAUUGAAAAUCAUGGUGGCUAAUUAAAUGCAUACACUUCUAGAGAAAACACUUGUUACACUAUGAAUUUAUUUAAGAAUAAGCUUCCUUGGGGAGUUGAACUUCUUUCUGACAUAUUGACUUAAUCUGAAUAUUCAAUUUUUGCUCUUAAUAAUGAAAGAAAUACAAUCCACACAGAAUUGAUUGAGACCUAAAAGCAAUCAAUGGAAACAACUAUUGAAAUAUCUCAUAGAGGCGCAUACAAAGGACAUUAAAUGGGUCUUCCUAUUUUAGGCAAGAUUAGCAAUAUUAUGAAAAUUACAAGAGAUAUGAUUGUUGAUUAUCAUCAAACAAAUUAUUAUGGAGAAAAUUUAAUUGUUAUAGGCUGUGGUGAUCACAAGCAUGAAGAUUUAGUUGAUUUAGUAGCAAAUCAUUUUAAUAAAGUUCCCAGAAAAUCUCCAAAUCCUAUUUAAAAUUUAAAUAAUUUUUCUAAGCCACAAUUCUGUAAUGAAUUCAACUUAGUUUAAUCUGAUAUACAUCCUGAUCAUUUGAAUAUUUCUUUCUUACAAGAAGCUCCAUCAUGGACUGAUCCUGAUUAUUUUGCUUUCUUGCUCAUUUAAAGAAUUAUUGGAGAUAAGCCAGAGUCUCCUCUUGACCUUGAAAUCACUAACUAUUCAGAGUUGAACAGCUUUUAAAAGGAGCUUAAUAUAUUCCCCAAUAUCUAAGUUCAAAAAGGAGUGUAUACUCCCUAUGCAGAUACUGCUUUAUAUGGCAAUUACUAUUUUGGAAAUAAAAAUUGCUUGAAAGAAGCUUAUCAUUUCUAAUAAAAUUGUUGGGAUGCUUUAUUAGAGAAUUUAAAUGACAUUUAAAUAGAAAGAGCAAAAAAGAAAUUGUACAUAGAAUUAUUCAACCACGAAACUGGAAAUGAUAUCUCCUAAGCUAUAGGAAAUCAUAUAUUAUAUUUAAAUAGAAGAAUAUUUAGAUCUGAAAUAGCAUAUAGAAUUGCUAAUUUAUCAAAAUAAGACAUAGCUAAAACACUUCAAAAGUGGUGCAUAUAAAAGCCAUAUUCCAUCACUGUUUGGGGAGAUACAUAAGAUUUAGAAAAAUAAAUUUAAAGUUGA